CGAGGCGGCCAUCUCGGCGGAGAAGUGGCAGCACGACGACCUGACUACUGAAAAGAAUGGAUUUUACAGAGGCCUACUCGGACACAUGCUCUGCAGUUGGACUUGCUGCCAGGGAAGGCAAUGUUAAAGUCUUGAGGAAACUACUCAAAAAAGGCCGUAGUGUUGAUGUUGCUGAUAACAGGGGAUGGAUGCCAAUUCAUGAAGCAGCUUAUCACAACUCUAUAGAAUGUUUGCAGAUGUUAAUUCAUGCAGAUUCAUCUGAAAAUUACAUCAAGGCAAAGACUUUUGAAGGCUUCUGUGCGUUACAUCUUGCUGCCAGUCAAGGACAUGGGAAGAUUGUACAGAUUCUUUUAGAAGCUGGGGCAGAUCCUAAUACAACUACUUUAGAAGAAACUACACCAUUGUUUUUAGCUGUUGAAAAUGGACAGAUUGAUGUGUUAAGGCUGCUGCUUCGACAUGGAGCGAAUGUUAAUGGAUCCCAUUCUAUGUGUGGAUGGAACUCCUUGCACCAGGCUUCUUUUCAGGAAAAUGCUGAGAUCAUAAAAUUGCUUCUUAAAAAAGGAGCAAACAAGGAAUGCCAGGAUGACUUUGGAAUCACACCUUUAUUUGUGGCUGCUCAGUAUGGCAAACUAGAAAGCUUGAGCAUACUUAUUUCAUCGGGUGCAAAUGUCAAUUGUCAAGCCUUGGACAAAGCUACUCCCUUGUUUAUUGCUGCUCAAGAGGGUCACACAAAAUGUGUAGAGCUUUUGCUGUCCAGUGGGGCAGAUCCUGACCUUUACUGUAAUGAAGACAAUUGGCAGUUACCUAUUCAUGCAGCUGCACAAAUGGGCCAUACAAAAAUCUUGGACUUGUUAAUACCACUUACUAACCGUGUGUGUGACACUGGGCCAGACAAAGUGAGCCCUGUUUAUUCAGCAGUGUUUGGAGGACAUGAACAGUGCCUAGAAAUCCUACUGCAGAAUGGCUACAACCCGGAUGCCCAGACGUGCCUUGUCUUUGGAUUCAGUUCUCCCAUGUGCAUGGCUUUCCAGAAGGACUGUGAGUUCUUUGGAAUUGUGAAUAUUCUUUUGAAAUAUGGAGCCCAGCUAAAUGAACUUCAUUUGGCAUACUGCCUGAAGUAUGAGAAGUUUUCAGUAUUUCACUACUUUUUGAAGAAAGGCUGCUCAUUAACAUCAUGGAACCAUAUAUCUGAAUUUAUAAAUCAUGCAAUUAAAGCACAAACAAAAUAUAAGGAAUGGCUGCCACAUCUCCUGCUUGCUGGAUUUGACCCACUGACUCUACUAUGCAGUUCUUGGAUUGACUCAGUCAGUGAUGACACCCUUAUCUUUACUUUGGAGUUUACUAAUUGGAAGAGACUUCCACCAGCUAUUGAAAAGAUGCUCUCUGCUCGUGCUUCAAACUCUUCUCGGACUCUACAACAACAUAUUGCCUCUAUCCCAUACUUAACCCAUCUGUGUCGUUUGGAAAUUCGGUCCAGUCUAAAACCAGAACACCUACAGUCUGAUAGUUUUAUUCAUCAGUUACCACUUCCAAGGAGUCUACAAAAUUAUUUGCUCUAUGCAGAUGUUCUGAGGAUGAAUGAUGUUCCAGAACUGACAGCUAUUCAAGAUGGAGAAAUCAGUGAAAACACUUAACACAGCUCAUUUCUUUCUCUGAAAACUACCGAGACAAAAGAGCCAUACCGUACAAAUUAUUACUCAUGACUUUAUAGCCAAAAGAUGAUUUUUGUGUGGGGGAUUUUUGGAUUGGGGGUGCAGUAGUUUAAUUUGAAUGUUUACAACUGGGCUUCCCAGU